AUGGAUUGGAUAAAGUCCAUUUCUCGCCCUCUCGAUUUUGAAAAGGUUCAAUUGGAAAUGUUCCAAAUUGCCAAGACGACACCCAGGGCAGGCGACUGGCUACUGAGCUCUCCCGAAUUUAAGAAAUGGAGGAAUGGAGAGUUGAGGAGGUUGUGGUGCCAUGGGAAUCCUGGCACAGGCAAAACUGUCCUCGCGUCUAUUGUCAUCGACUACCUCCGCAGUAAAUUCUCAUGCAAUGAUAAAACCGCCUGCAUCUAUGUCUACUUCGACUACAGGAGACAACAGUACCAAGGCCUUGGCAACAUACUCGCAAGCCUGUUAUUACAGCUAUUGCAGGUCCGCGAUGUGGUUUCUUCCGAUGUUCAAAAGCUUCACACCGCAUGGAAGAAAACAGGCGUGAGUCCUUGCGAGGAAGACUAUGUCAAGAUGCUAAAAUCCCAAAUGGCCGCAUUUGACGAGGUAUAUAUGGUUGUCGAUGCGUUGGACGAAUGUAGUGACGACGUACAGACAAACACCCUGUCGAACUUUCUGUCAGAUUGCAAGAAGCUCCCUCAGAAUGUGCAUAUUCUAUUCACUUCAAGAAAGUUCACCAAAUUCUCGGGCUUGAUAGAACCAAGCGACGACCUCGAAAUCAUUGCACACGACAGUGAUAUCAAAGCAUACCUUAACAAGUUCAUCGAUAGUCGAACCCGCUUGCACAGGUUAAUCGAAAACGGCCCACAAACAAAGUCAUCAUUUAGAGACAAGGUUAUAUCGACAAUUGUGGAAAAAUCACAAGGAAUGUUCCUCCUUGCCCACCUGCAUAUCGAAUCGUUAGCUCUGGCGCACGACCUCGCGGGGUUGAAAGACGGCCUUGAGAAGCUUCCUACAAAGCUGGAUGAAUUCUAUACCGAAGCUCUGAGGCGCAUUGGAACGCAGGCCGAGCCGGAUCGUGACAGGGCUUUCAAUGUCCUUACCUGGCUGGUGUUUUCUCAGAGACCGCUUGAAGUCGAAGAACUGACACACGCCCUUACAAUCAGGGAUGCCUCUGCCUAUUUCAAGUCCGGCAAAAGGACCUUGCCGAAAGCUUCGGAGACGCUUGGUAGUGAGGAAGCCCUAACAUCAGCCUGUGCGGGCCUCGUCGUGGUCGUCUCGGGUGGCAAUAAUAAGAAAAUCGUCCGUCUGGCGCAUACGACAGCUGAGAAAUACCUCCAAGACAAACGGCCCGACUUCCUCCUUCACAAUGCGCAGUCCAUGAUGGCAAACACCUGUCUCUACUGCCUCCUCAUGAUACCGACGAAAAAGCUGUCUGCAUCACAAGACGAGCUGAAAGAAAAUCACAAAGACUACCCUUUUCUCAGGUACGCAGCUAACUACUGGGGGACUCAUCUCUUCGAGUCGUCGGCACCGCCCGGAGAGCUGUAUAAGCUAGCUUGGGCUGUCGUGUCCAACAAGCCAAAAUUGAAUGCCACACUGCGGAUCAUGGCCGACCCUUUUCUCUCAUACGAAACCAAUGUCUCCGACCUACACAUAGCCGCAUACUAUGGGCUGGUGGAGUUGGUUGCGAAGGCAAUGACGAAGCACAAAGACAUCGAUAUCAACGCGCAAACUAAACGCCAAGAGACUCCCCUCCACUGGGCGACUGCUCACCGUCAGUGGGAUUUCAUGGCGUUUCUGAUAGAUAGAGGCGCAGAUCUAAACAUGCCCAACGCGGACAAGAGAACAGCCUUGCACAGAGCAGUUAUGAUGGAUGAUAAGGUUGCCGUUGAGAUUCUGUUGUCAUCCAAGCGUGUCAAUCUCGAACUGCAGGACUGUGCAGGUUACACGUGUCUGAGAUGGGCCGCAAAGUACGGACAGGUGGAUAUGGUAAAUAUGCUGUUGAAAGCCAAGGCAGAAGUGGAUGCUCAUGAUGAGCACGGAUAUACGGCUCUUCGCUGGGCAGCGCACGAGGGUGACAGGGCCAUCAUCAAGACCCUUGUUCGGCACAAAGCAUCGCUCGAGGCGCAGAACGGAGGAGACAACUGGACGCUUCUCCGGUGGGCGGCACAAGAUGGACAAGACGAAAUCAUCAGAUUCCUGGCGAAGAGGAAAAUCGACCUGAACGUGACCGAUGACGAAGGCCGGACAGCUCUGAGAUGGGCUGUAGACUACCACCGGGCGAAAGCGGCAUGGAUGCUGAUACAGUGUCGCGCAGACGUCGGCAAGCCGGACAACGAGGGGAAACAGCCAUUGCACGCCGUGGUUGAAAAUUGCUGUACCUCAAGUGAUAGCAACAGCAAAAAAAGCUUUCUAAAUAUCCUCUGGCUUCUCCUGCAGAGUCGUGUCGACGUCAACGCCCGCACCAGGAAUCCCUGCCUGACACCGCUUCACAUGGCCGCUUCGGGGGGCUGCAACCCGGCAGUCUGGGUUCUCCUCGAAAACGGAGCUGAUCCGAGGCGUGUUGAUGCCAACGAACGCACCGCUUUGCACUACGCUGUCGGAGGUGGGCACCUCGAGACAUGUCAAGCCUUGAUUGGAAAGGCCGAUGACCUGAUCCGCGCCGUUGAUCACGAGAGGCGGACGGCGCUGCACUGGGCGGUAUCUACGAGUAACCUCCAACUAGUCCAGAUGCUAUUGGGCCACCAAGCCCCUGUCGACGCGCAGGACAGCAACGGACAGACCCCUCUACACAUUGCAGCGUCCCUGGACCACGCUCUUAUCGUCCAGACGCUCUUGGACCAUGGGGCACGCAUCAAUGUCCAGGACGGUGAGGGGAAGACGCCUCUUCAUCUCGCAGCAGCUUUGGGCAGCGCUGUCGUGAUCGAGGAGCUUUUGGACCAUGGGGUUCCGAUCGACUUGCGGGAUAACAAGACGCAAACGCCACUCCAUUUGGCGAUAUUACAGCAGCGUGAGGAUAUCGUAGACUGUUUGGUAGCAAGAGGUGCCGACUUGCAGUUCCGAAACGCUGAGAGAUUGACGGCAGUCGACCUGGCGAUUUCCUCAGGCAACACUCGCAUCGUUGAGUUAAUUCAUCAGGCCGCCGGAUUAGGCAUGAGACUGAGGCGUGAGGAAAACAUGCCACACGAGGAGCCUACGGUGCAGAGGACUUGGGAUAGGAGAUUUGCAGCAUCGGUCGAGGAUGAGUAG